AUUAUUAUUGUGUGUGAUUUUGGUUAGUUAAAGUCUUGCUGCACAUUAACUUUAGUUCCUCCUGUCAUUAUUGUACUGGGGAUUAAUUUUGUAUUGAGCUGGAAGUCCCUUGGAGGACAAGUUGAGUCAGCGUGUUGAGUUACCUGCUACUGUGAUUGCCAGUAAUUAAACCCAACUGUAGCCCGAUUAGUGACUGGAAUAAUUCAGCACCAAAAACCUAGGGUUACUUGAGCAAUUCCCUCAAACUCCAAAAUUUUCCUCCAAGUCUGGAACUCAGGCAUUUUGCAUAUAUCCCCAAUUUUAUUUGUUGCAACACUGGGAAUAGUGUAUUCAGCUGUUAAGAUCCUAAUUCGUCCCAUGAACAUUUUCUCUCUCUUUACAUCACCUCUUGGAUGCUCUCUAAAAUGUGCUGCUUUGACUCAACUUCUGGUCAUCUCUCCUAUUAUCUCCUUGUGUGACUCAACAGCAAGAUUCAGUAAGAUACCUUGGAAUGUUUUACUGAGUUAAAGUUUCCAUUUAAAUUAAAAAAUGUUGGAUUGGGACAUUUGCUGAACGCCACUCUUCAAGUAUUUAAUGUUAAAUUGAUUAAUUGUUUAAUUAUUUUUUUCUGCAGAUUUUAAGCUAUACUACAUCAUCCCAGGCACUGCAGACCUCAUGGGAAUUGUUAUUAUUUAAUAUUUUUCUGUAAUCUGUAGUACAGCACAUUUAUAACAAUCCCGGCAAAGGUAGCUGUUUGUAAAAAUAAAACCUGGACAAAAUUUGUAUUUGGAGAAUACAAAGCUGCCUAUUUGUGCUUCUGUCAUUGCGUGUGUCUCCCUGUCUCUUUAUCUUACUCUCUAUGAUCAGCUGUGGCUUAGUAAUUGAGUUUGUGUCCACAUACAGCAUUAAUGCCUCUGCAUAUUCGUCUGUUUUGGGUCAGUACUUUUCUCUCUGCUUCUGAGAUUCUCGGAAAACAUCAAAGUACAUAAUAUUUUAUUUUAGGGUCUGAUUGGGCAGAGAAUUUGGUUGCAGGUGCUAGUAAAUAAUAAUGUUACAUUUACAUCCUCUGUUGACUCUAGAGUUUAUUUGAGCCAAGAUGGGCUUCUCUGGAUAAUCGACUACUGAUGAGCCUGUUUUGAGCUAUUCGAAAACCAUAGUGAAAGAAUCAAGAACUAAGAACAGUAGCAUUAGAAGAAACUCAGAGAAAAAAUAGAACUAAAAAUUUGUUUUACAUUCUUUAUCAAGAUUUUGGUCAUCCGUCGUGUUCAUAAGUGAUAGGAAUAGAAUUAGGCCAUUAGACCCAUCUAGGGUUGAAUGACUUUCUUCAUGGUUGGUGGAACCUCAGCUUCUUUAGUACCUCCAUGUGAGCUCCAGCAUCCUCAAUAUUAUUCUAAUACCAUUUGCACGCUUCGCUAAGGUCUUGAUAUCCUCCAAAGAGAAGUUCCAAGUUAAUUUUCUGGGACAGGAUCCUUAGGUUAGCUGGCUGUCAAGUGUUGCUGAGUCUGACUAAGGUCAGUGUGACUAUGAUAAGCCUCUCUCUUGAUGGUUUUACUGAGGUGUAUAAAGUCAUGAGGGGAUAGAUAGGGUGAAUGCACAGAAUCUUUUACCCAGAGAAGGGGAAUCGAAAACAAGAGGACAAAGGUUUAAGGCGAGAGGGAAGAUUUUAGAGGAACCUGAGGGACAACUCUUUCAUUCAGAAGGUGCUGGGUACAGUGGCGGACUGGGUCUAAAAAUGUUGGUUGCCAGGAGACAAAGGGGGCCCACCCACAACUACAAUGCUAUCAUUUAACAGGGGCCCACUUGCCAUCACUUGCUAUCACUUCAUCAGGGGCCCAUUUGCCAUCGGGCAAGCUGACACCCUGGCCAGUCCGCCAGUGGCUGGGUAUAUGAAAAUAACUGCCAGAGAAGAUAGUUGAGGCAGUUAUUAUAACACCAUUUAAAAGACACUUGGAUUGGUACAUGGUUUAGCAAAGGUUUAGAAAGAUAAUGGCCAAAUGCAUGCAACUGGGACUAGUGCAGUUGGGGCAUCCUUGGUUGCCAUGGACAAUGGGCCUAUUUGGCAUCUGUAAGACUCUAUGAUCGUAUACACAAUUCUCCAAAACUGGACACCUCUUCACAUAAUUUUACUACUGUCUUUGUUCCUACCCCAUCUUUAUCCGCAAAAAAGCACACGUUCCAAGAACAAAUGUACAAUCUGAAUCCUUUAACUCCUGGGAAGAGAAUGCGCAUGUGCAGGAGCUGUGCACGAUGGGAAUUGUAGUCCAACACCCAGUCAGCCCGGCGUCCGUCUCCUAGCAACCGCCCGACAGCAUGAUGGGAAUUGUAGUCCUAGGCCCAGAGAGCAUGGAGUCCGUCUCCUAGCAACCGCCCGACAACAUGAUGGCGCGGCCGAACGAGCAAGGGAAUGGGCGCUUUCUGAACGGACACUCGUGGAUAAUGGAGGCGCCGGCGGGUAACGAGAGCGAUGUGGCCGAGGUGGAGGAGGAGGAGGAGGCGGAGGGUUUGGAGAUGGUGUGGGAGCUGGUGGAGGAGGUGGCCAGGGAGUGGGCCGGCGACGCCGUGGACGAAGCGGUGGAGGAGGCGGCGGUGGAGGGGAUGUUCAUCGACAUGCUGGACGACGGCACUAGGGAGCUGGCGCAGGAGUUCCUCCAGGAGCUGCUGGCCAAUGCCCUCAGCAGCAGCGACAGCAGCAGCACAGGGGAGUGCGAGGAACUGGUGGAAGAUGAGGAAGAAGUGAGUUGUAGGGCUGGACAAAAACCCGCAAUUAAUUUGCCCAGAGCUAACAGAAGCCAGAAAAUUAACAGCAGUAAUUUAGACGUUCUUGUGACAUAUGUUCAUAAUAAUGAACUAAGUGAUAUUUCUAUUCUUUGUAACUACAUUCACCUACAGAAGUUGGAACUUCCUAACAAUAAAAUAACAGAUUUGCGUUGUGUAAGUUAUAUGCCCUACCUGUUAAAGUUGGAUGCCUCUCAUAAUGCUCUGAACUCACUCACUGGCCUAAAACUACCGAAAAACAUUGAGGAAGUGGACUUGUCCUUUAACAAGAUAUCUGACAUGAAGGAACUAUCAGGCUAUCCGUUUCUUUCCAAACUGAAUUUGGACAACAACCGAAUUCAGGCAAUUGCAGGCUUGCAGAACUGCAGAAGUCUCUCCUUCCUCAGCAUGAUAAAAAAUAGACUGUUGGAAAUCGAUUGCCUGGACCACUUGCCAAUUAAAUUUCUUUCCCUUCGAGGUAACCAACUAGUAAAUGUGAAAGGACUGGUAAAUUUGAAACGCCUACACAAGCUGGAUUUGUUGGAAAACAACAUAGAAACUCUGAUUGGUUUGGAGGACCAUGACCUGUUGGAAACAAUCAAUCUGGAUAACAAUCAGAUUAGCGACCUGGAUGAAAUAAUGCACCUGCGAAACCUUCCGCUUUUGAGGGACCUGAACCUACUCCACAACCCAAUACAGAAAAAUCCAGAUUAUUUGUUGUGGACUCUUUUCGUAAUACAGAAACUGACCACAUUGGACAAUAAAAAAGUGAAAGUAACUGAUAAGGUUCUAGCCAUGAAUAAAUACAACCCUCCUCCUGAAGUGGUAGCUGCCAACGAUCACAUGACCAAUAUUAUGUAUCGCUUUCUACAAACCCAGAGAAUUUAUGACAGCACUUUGCCUAACUUUGAUAUUCCGUACCCAAUGUUGGUUCUGGUAGGGCCUCAGGGCUCUGGCAAACGAAAACUUUGUCAAAUGCUUUGUCAUGAAUUCCAUGAGUAUUUUGGAUAUUGCAUCAGCCACACAAGCCGAACUCCUUACAAUGGCGAAGAGAAUGGAAAAGAAUAUCAAUUUGUGUCCAAUGAAAACUUUGAAGAAAUGAUUCAAAUGGGGAAAUUUAUCGAGACAGUAAAGCAGGAUGGAUGUUAUUUUGGCCUCAGCAGAGAUGCACUGGAAACUGUAGCCAGUAGGGGUCUGGCCUGCUGCAUUCACAUGGGACUAGAGGGAGUCCGCAGCUUGAAGAUGACAUACUUUGAGCCUCGGUACAUUCUCCUGAUCCCAAACAAUAAGGAAGAGCACGAGAAAAGAUUAAGGUUUAGAGGCGUGCUCAAUGAAUCACAAAUCAAUCGUGCUCUAUCCAAAGUUGAUAAUUAUAUCAGCAUAAACCAAGAAUUUCCAGGCUAUUUUGAUGCUGUGAUUAACUCUGAUGAACUUACGGAUGCGUACGCGGAGCUAAGCAAGUUGAUAAAAGAGUAUCUGAGCCUCAAUGUGCCAAAAUGCGAUGAAAGUACCAAAAGCCUGGAUGAUGAAAGAUGGCAGAUGUCUAAUUUGAUGACCACGAUUCCAUCUAGUGAAAAUGAACAAAACUGGAGUUCAAUUUCAUGGGCCACUGGCUACCCUCCUGAAUUUGUGGACUCCUCUACCAGAAAUUAUUCUUCCAGAGUACAGGCUAGACUGUCAGCACAAAAAUCAGCCUUGGAACAAGAUUCCAUUGAGCAACGACGGAUGAUAGCGCGGGAGGCUGUGAAGGGGAUAUCUCGAAAUAUUAACACCUAUCUGUUCAAAAGGGUUCGAGACUUCAAUUUCUUGAAGAGUGAGGUAUCAGUAUGGACAUCUGGCACAUCUAUUUUGCCCUUUGCAAGUACCUCGGUUCAGGAUGUUGAACCUGGGAGCAUUUCUCGUUCAGCCAGCUCUGAGAUGACCCAAAUCAGUAAUGGAGAGUCAUCGCCUUUAUCACCUGAUUUAUAUGCAGCCAAGUCCUCGUCUAUUGAAACAGAUUCCGACUCAUCUGUGCAGCUUAAUAAUGAGAUGAUGCAAAACAUGGAAAUGAAUCUUCUAUCAGAUUUGCAGAUAACACUAAAAGGUACUAGGGGUUUAGUUGACAGAGACAAAGCUGGUACUGCAGAAUCACCAAACGAUGUACAGCUUCUGUCCAAGAAGCUAUUCGCCAAAACCAAUGAGCCAAUUACUCUGCGACUUGGAUUCAACGUCAAGCCUGUUCUGCCUGGAAUUCCAUCUGGGCGGACAACUGCUGAAAUUCCAGUGCAUCCAGAGCCAGCCAUAUGCCCCUUGAAAUAAAAACGUUCCCAGCCCA